CCCUCAACAAGCAACUCCUGUAAUCUUCGUGAAAAAAAUAAUGCGAUCAAAGAUGCGAGGGCCCGCCGUGCCAGCCCCCGCGUCCUCCUCGAUCUACUGGGCCUCGGUGGACUCAUCGGGUGGAUCGGCAGGCAGCAGCAGCGGGGGUGCCAGUAGCCGCAACUACGUCGAUCCCUGGGAUCUAGAGAACUACGCGUACCUACGCCGCCACAGUGUCGCCGCGGCCUGCACGCCCCAGCCGAUCUACCAGUCCAGCCGGCUGUCACAUCACUCCUCGGCCGUCGAGCCUGACUACUGGUACGCGCCCUCGGCGUCAGCGGUUGUGAGAGAGCCGGGGUACGACGCGCCGGCGUCCGUCGAGGAAAUGUACUUCCGGCCGGCCCCCCGGCCCAUCGGCACCUCUGGCUGCUACUAUCACCAACAGCCGAUCUACGAGGACGAGGAUAUGGCCCUGCAGCACCUACACCACUACGCAGCACCGAUUCCCCUCUACGAUCACCUCUCCGAGCUCGAGCAGGUCGAGGAACUCAGGACGAGGGAACUUAUGAUGAGGAGGAAACACAGCAAGGUUGUGCCGUCCAGGAGUGAUUACUCCAGGGAGGAGUGUUACUAUCACGGAAGAUCACGCAACAUCGCUUUGUAUCCAGAGGAGGAGACAUCUGUCGAUGAAGUCGACGUGCCAAGAUACCGUAAACCUUCGCACAUGGGUUUCAGUGCUUACGGCCACUUAAAGAUCGACUAUACGAAUAGUUGGAACUCCCUGCACCGAAAGAUUGCUAGCAAGUAA